UCUGAUGAGGCCAUUGAAGAAGACAUGCCAGAAUCUCCUGACACUGAGAAACAUGACAAAGAAAAAGAGCAAAGAAACUCCAAGAAGGGCAGAGAUAUUAAGAAAUCCGUAAGCAUGGAUAAUGCAGAGCAGAAGAAGAAGACCAAGCUGAUGAAGCUCCUCACAGGCAGACCCACUUUACAGGCCGUCAAAGACAAGGGCUACAUUAAAGAUCAGGUGUUUGGCUCCAGUUUGAGCAGUCUUUGUCAAAGAGAGAAUUCCACCGUCCCUCACUUUGUCUCGAUGUGCAUUGAGCAGGUGGAGAAGAACGGGUUAGGAGUGGAUGGUUUGUACAGAGUCAGUGGAAAUUUGGCCAUUAUACAAAAACUGAGAUUUGCUGUUAAUCACGAUGAGAAAGUGGAUUUAGAGGACAGUAAAUGGGAAGACAUUCACGUGACCACUGGAGCUCUGAAGAUGUUUUUCCGUGAGCUACCAGAACCGCUGUUCCCCUACGCUUUCUUCAACAACUUCAUCACUGCUAUCAAAAUGCCUGAUUAUAAGCAGAAAGUUCAGGCAGUUAAGGAUUUGAUGAAGCAACUGCCACGGCCUAACCACGACACCAUACAGGCGCUCUUCAAACACCUGAAGAA